GCCAUGGAGUUGUUGAAAGAGGUUUGAACGUUAAAUCUGCCGUCUCUCUAUCUCUCUCUGGCGUUGGCGCGGCCGCGGAAGCGAGGAGGAGGAGGGUUGGAGGAUGGAGUUGAGUUGCGGAGGGGCCCCAAAAGCCGACCAAUUCCAACCUGCUCAGGCAGCCGUCCUUGACAUCUUCAAUCUCUACUUGGGGAGGAUUCCGAAGUGCAAAGGCGACGAUUCUUAUCGCGAAACCCCGAAUAAAAUGCAGAAGCGGAUAACUGCUAUCCACCGUGAGCUUCCUCCUUCAAAUGAGCAGUUUCUUUUGGACUUUGAGCAACUUCAAGCACAAUUUCCAGACAAGGACCAGUUACGCGCAGCAACAGAGUCUGUACUUGCUACCCUGGUUAUGCAUUGCAGCAGCCAUGCACCUCAUGCUGAAUUUCUUCUUUUUGCAGUUAGGAGCUUGUGCUCCAUAGAUUACAUAAACUGGGAUAAGUUCCUGCCAGCACUGCUCUCCUCUAUUUCAGUGUCAGAAGUUCCAGUUGGACUAGGGACUCAAUCUGUAAAUAAUGUGCUAUCUUCUGUCUCUGGAGCAUCUUGCAUCACAGCUUCUUCAAUUACGAUUUCUAGUUCUUCUAAUUUUCAGCCUUCUAAUUCAGCUUCUCCUUUAUCCCCAGUUCAUGCCAUUGCAUCUCCUGGUCAGGGCUCACUUGACCCAUUAGCUAGCAUUGGUCAUUCGCCGGUGAAACCUUCUGAAAUGUCUUACCCUAACCAACCGAUAACCUUGAAGUCUAGUUCCUUGGUAAAAGGUGUUGGAGUAAAUUGGACAAGGCAGUUAUCCUGCAAAAUUAUUUUGGAAGGCAUUGAGUGCAACCUGAAGCCUGUUACUUAUGCUGAUACCUUUUCACACAUGAUGAAUUGGUUGGUUAGUUGGGAACAACAACAAUAUAGUGGUGUGGAGGAUUUUGAUGACACACAUACUUGUAAACCUGAGAAAGUUAUAUCAGACUGGAUACGUGGCUGUUUGGAUGUAAUAUGGCUAUUGGUUGAGGAAGACAAAUGUCGUGUACCAUUCUACGAGUUACUCAGGAGUGACCUGCAAUUCUUGCAUAAUAUUCCUGACGACGAGGCAUUGUUUACCAUGAUUUUGGAGAUUCACAGAAGGCGAGAUAUGGUUGCUAUGCACAUGCAAAUGUUGGAUCAGCACUUACACUGCCCAUCUUUUGCAACUAACAGAAAUUUGUCUCAGUUUUAUCCAAUUAUCUCUGGAGAAUCAAUGAUUAACUUGAGGGCAGCACCUUUAACAUAUCCGAGUGUUUUAGGAGAACCACUGCAUGGCGAGGAUCUUGCUACCAUGAUUCAGAAAGAGAGCAUUGGUUGGGAAAGAGCCCUUCGUUGUCUAAGACAUGCUCUGCAUGCUACUCCAUCUCCAGAUUGGUGGAGACGUGUGCUUGUCAUUGCUCCUUGCUAUAGGCAACAAGCACAACAGCAAAUAGUAGUCACUGGUGUUGUUUUCUCAGCAGAAAUGGUUUCUGAGGCUAUGAUUGACAGAAUAAUGGAAUUGUCGAAAUGCACAAAUUCAGAAACAAGUUUAUGGCUGGAGUGGCUUACUCUUUCGGAUAUUUUGUACUUUCUGACAAAGAAUGGUUAUAUUGAUUUCCUGGAUUUUGUGGACAAGCUUGUGCUUCGAGUUAGACAAGGCGACCAAAAGUUUGUCCGCAGCAACCAUAUUACAUGGCUGUUGACGCAAAUAAUCCGUUUAGAGGUUGUGACAAACGCUUUAAAUACAGACCCAAAAAAGGUGGAAGCGAUCAGAAAGAUUAUUUCAUUUCAAACUGAAGAAAGAAAUUUUGAUCAGAGCAUAGUCACUCCUCAGAGUAUCCUUCUAGAAUUUAUAUCAAGCAGUCAGUCAUUGAGGAUAUGGUCAUUUAACCCUUCAAAUAAGGAUUGUUUGAAUCCAGAGCAGAUUCAGAAGGGCAAGCAGAUAGAAGAAUGGUGGAGGCCAUUUGGAAAAGGGGAACGCAUGCUGGAUUUCGCAAAUUUGGAUGAUAGGUCACUGGGGAUGUUUUGGGUGCUUUCACAUACAAUGGUCCAAUCUGCCUGUGAUGUCUUGAUGAAUUGGCUGAAUUCUGCUGGAGUUAGCGAGUUAAUGCAAUCAGGAUCAAUUCAACCUAAUGAGCGGAUGAUGGUGAUGCGGGAAUCAUGUCCCUUGCCCAUGACAUUCUUAUCUGGCCUUUCAAUACAUUUGCUAUUGAAUUUGACUUCAAAAAUUGAAGACACAUUAUUCCAAGGGCAGGUCAUUCCUAGCAUUUCAUUGGUCGAGGUAUAUGCAAGAAUUUUGUUGAUAGCACCUCACUCUUUAUUUCGUCUACAUUUCAGUACUCUGUCACAACGGUGUCCAACAUUAUUUAGCAAGCCUGGAGCUUCUCUUCUCCUACUGGAAAUACUAAACUAUCGACUCAUUCCUCUAUAUAGGUAUAAUGGGAGAUCCCGUUCCCUGUUAUAUGAUGUCUCAAAGACAAUUGCAUCAAUGAAGGGAAAAAGAGGAGAACAUCGCAGUUUCCGACUUGCUGAAAACUUAUGCAUGAAUCUUAUACUUUCAUUGCGGGACAAUUUCUCUGUGAAGAGGGACCUGAAGGAGCCCUCUGAGCUCACAGAAACAUUGAAUAGGAUUUGUAUUGUUAGCCUUGCCAUUAUGAGUAAGACACGUGGUAUAGGAGAACUUGAUAACUUUUUGUACCUUCAACCACUCCUGGAACAAAUAUUGGCAGCAAGCCAGCAUACAUGGUCUGAGAAAACAUUGCGGCACUUUCCUCCUAUGAUCCGUGAAUUCCUGAAGGUUCGGAUGGAUAAGCGAGGGCAGGUCAUCCAAGCUUGGCAGCAGGCGGAAGCCACUGUCAUCAACCAGUGUACACAGCUUCUUUCACCUCAAGCUGAUCCCACAUAUGUGAUGACUUACAUCAAUCAUAGUUUUCCUCAGCACCGCAAGUACCUGUGUGCUGGUGCUUGGAUGUUGAUGAAUGGACACCCUGAUAACAUCAACAGUGCAAACCUUUCACGUGUCCUGAGAGAGCUUUCACCUGAUGAAGUGACAUCAAAUAUAUAUACAAUGGUGGAUGUUCUUCUUCACCACAUUCAGAUUGAACUUCAACAUGGGCAUCUUAUACAGGAUCUCUUAUUUAAGGCUAGUGCAAAUCUUUCCUUUUUCAUUUGGACACAUGAACUGCUUCCCUUGGAUAUAGUGCUUUUGGCACUUGCUGAUCGAGAUGAUGAUCCCCAUGCAUUGCGCCUUUUGGUGACUCUGCUUCUCGACCGACAAGAAUUUCAACAGAGAGUCAAAAUAUGUUUCUUGAAUAGACCCACAGAGCACUGGCUAAACACUGGGCUUGCAAAACGUGUUGAGCUACAAAAAGCUCUUGGCAAUCAUUUAUCUGGCAAGGACAGAUACCCACCAUUUUUUGAUGAUGUUGCGGCCCGUAUGCUGCCAGUUAUCCCGUUGAUUGUUUAUCGGUUAAUAGAAAAUGAUGCUGCAGAUGCUGCUGAAAGGUUACUUGCUACAUAUUCUGGACUCCUUGUCUACCAUCCUCUGCGGUUCACUUUUGUCCGGGAAAUUCUGGCAUACUUCUAUGGCCAUCUCCCAAGCAAGCUCAUAGUUCGAAUUCUGCAUGUACUUGAUCUUCCUAAGAUUCCUUUUUCUGAGUCAUUCCCCCAGCACGUCAACUCAUCAAGCCCUGCUGCAUGUCCACCACCAGAUUAUUUUUCAGGUCUGCUUAUGGGUCUUGUAAAUAAUGUCAUGCCUCCUUUAAGCAGCAAACCAAGAACAGGAUUAGUGGGUGAUACUGCUGCAAGUCCUGCACGUACUGCUCUAAGUAAAGCUCAAUCUUCAGUUCACUCCAUGCCAAUAAAUGUGCCAGAAAAUCAGAAGGCAUUUUAUCAAAUUCAGGAUCCAGGCAAUUACUCACAACUUAUGUUAGAGACUGCGGUGAUUGAGAUCCUUUCUCUUCCUGUGACUGCAACUCAGAUAGUAUCUGCAUUUGUCCAGACUGUUGUUCAUGUUCAGCCUGUAUUAGCCCAGUCUAGCUAUGGAAUGCAAAUGAUGCAGAAUGUUGUUGGACAAAGUACAGGACUGCCAACAUCCCCUUCAGGCGGCAGUACAGACUCCAUGAGCACUAGCCGAUCUAAUACAGCAUCAGGAAGCACUACGCCCAAUUUGGUCUCAAGAACUGGUUGUACAAGCCAAUCAGUAUCUUGUUUGAUGAUUCAAGCUUGUGGUUUAUUAUUGGCUCAACUCCCACCAGACUUCCAUUUGCAGCUCUAUGUAGAAGCAUCACGUAUAAUUAAGGAGUGUUGGUGGCUUACAGAUGCAACAAAGUCAUCUAGAGAGUUGGAUUCUGCUGUCGGAUACGCAUUGUGGGAUCCAACCUGGGCUGCUCAAGACAGCACUUCAACAGCAAUUGGUAAUACAGUUGCUCUGCUGCAUGCAUUCUUUAGCAACCUUCCACAAGAGUGGCUUGAAGGCACACAAACAGUCAUUAAGCAACUCAGACCUGUCAAUUCUGUUGCUUUGCUACGGAUAGCAUUCCGUAUAAUGGGUCCAUUGCUUCCACGCCUUGCUUCUACACGCUCACUUUUCUUGAAGACAUUGGCACUGUUAUUUAAUGUCAUGGCUGAUGUAUUUGGGAGGAAUUCUCAGCCAACUUCCCUGAUAGAAGUGAAAGACAUUUCAGAUAUUAUUGAUUUUCUCCACCAUGCUGUCUUAUAUGAAGGGCAAGGACCUGUACAAGGGGAUAGUAAGCCAAAACCCGACACAUUGAUCCUAUGUGGGAAAAUGGUUGAGCUCUUGCGACCAGAUUUGCAGCAUCUGUUUUGCCACUUGAGGCCUGACCCAAAGAUCUCUAUCUAUGCAGCCACUCAUCCUAAGUUUGUGCAGAGCACAGCAUAGCUCUCUCCUCUAUUAUUGUUAUAUAAGCAUCUCAUCAUUCCCAUGUACAUGAAACUGUGGUGCAUAAUGCAUGCUUCAAAAUCUGGAUUACUCUACGUUUUUGUACUUAUUAGCCAUCUAGGACUUGUGUAAAUCAUGAAGCCUCCAGAUAUGGUUUUUUGCUUUUAUUUUGAACUAGUGUACUGGUAAGCAGAUAAGUAACCAUUGCAGGUUUAUGGAACGUGAAGGGUGCUGUUGCAUAUUUGCCACUGGUUGGACAGGAAGAAGUUGCUCCUCGAACCUGACAAUGCUGUCAGCUUUUAUUUGAGUACAGUGUUAGCUUCAUUUCUCUAGUUAAAUCCAUCUUCUGUUUUCUACUACUA